GAAAGUCAAAAAAAUAAAUUAUAAAGUCAAUGUCUUAUGUUUGUGAAGUUAAUCGAAAUUUAUGAUAGUAUGUCGGGCCAUUGUAAAACCGCAUCCAGGCUGCGAUCAAAGUCUAACUCCUUUCGAUCAUAUCCAUUUAGAAAACACCGCCGAACCAAUCCUAAAUCCAACCCUUCAUUAGGCAAGUACCGUGUAAAGGGCCACCAUGACUUGGACCAAUAUAACGAGAAACCGCAACCAAAGACGAAAACAUCCAUUGAUAACUGCAAAAGUAAAACGCGCAGGACAAGGAAAUAUGCCUUCACAAGAGCAAAAAAAUUGAACAUCUGUCACAAAAGUAGCAAUAGUGCAGUGGAAGAAAGUGUAGAGUCGACACCGAAAGAACGAAGCCGAUCAAACACAGUGGCAAGAAAAAUGUCCAUCAAAACACCAUCGAGACUUAACAUAGCCACAAAACGCUCCAUGGGUGAUAGUUUGUCAAGAUCACGGUCCCGGACGUUAUCAAAAAUACCAAGGAAAAGACUACCAUUACGUAGAUCAAGUAGAAAUAUGUCUCGUACUAAUAACCAUGGAUUACGACCUAGAUCACGUUCUCAAAUGGAGACGAAAAAAUCAAAAGCUAGCGGUACUAACUUGGUGGCCAAAAUAGAAAAAGUAUCGAAAACAGUUUUAAAUAAUAAGAUUAGUGGAAACAGCAUGAAAACCAAAUCAUCUAUGUGCCAAUGUGACAGCCCCGUCUCGUCAAACGAAAAGUUAUUUUCCGUUAACAGAAUAUCAGCGGAGUUACGAUCAUCGAAGAGAAACCUUUGUAGGCGUUGUGGUAAUGCUAUUUCCGUUGAAAAUACCGCUGAAUCGUUAGAAGAGGUAGGCUCUAAAAUAGUUAAAUCGGAAGUAAAUAAUAGUGUGUCCACUUUAAACUCAACACAAAAAAAUUCGCUCAGCAAAUUGGAGAAAUUGGGUCAAUCGCAGUCGCAAGUUUCUAUGCCAUCCAGAAAUGUUUCUCCAUCUGUCAGUGAGCAUGUAUUAAAACUCGAGAAGAAACAGUCUAGAAGAAAAAAGAAAGCAUCCGAUGUGAAUAUAGCUGAUUUAAAGAACGUCAAAGUUGAAAUAAAGCAAGAAAAUGUUGAAAAAGUUCCAUUAAAAAGGAAGAUAUCUAGGAAGCGUUUACAUACCAAUCCCUUCAUUAACUUUUUAAGGCAAUUUAAGAAAAACCAUCAAAACUGGCACACCUGCAAAGUUGCAAUUGAAGGUUCCAGGAAAUGGUGCGCUAUGGCCGAUAAGGAACGAAUGCGUUUUGCACUACCUGGUUUCUCCAAUACAAUAACAUUUGGUCCCAUUAUACAUAAAUCAAAACAAAAAAAGUUAAUGAAAAAGGCGGCCAAUAAAGCUGCCAAGCCUAGUAGAAGAAAAAGUGUAAAUAGAAGGGCAAAAUCCUCGGGGAGGCAACAACAAGUAAAAUAAAAUUUUGUUUUUAAAACGUUUAAAUUAAAAUUUAUUUUUAUGCAAUAAACAUUAAAUAUAUACAUUUUAUUGAAGCU